UGCCACAGCUGUCAUACAAAGAGGUGGGGUGGAAGCCUAAAGUCUCCCACCUGUUCGCACCGGCAGAGGAGGGGAUCAUGGCGUCCAUCACAGUCCCAAACCCCCUUCCAUCUCCCGAGCAAGACGCCCAGAAUCUGAGGAAAGCCUUCCAAGGGUGGGGAACGGACGAGCAGGCCAUCAUCGGGAUUUUGUGCCACCGGAAAGCGGCGCAGCGUGCUGCGAUCUCUGAGACUUAUGAUCGCUUGUACAAUGAAUCACUCCUCCAACGCCUCCACUCGGAGCUAUCCGGCGACUUCAGGGGUGCCGUGAUGUUGUGGACGGCAGACCCUGCAGAACGAGAUGCCAAGCUUGCACACAAAGCAUUGAAAAAGAAAGAUGAUCGUCAUGUUUGGGUGAUCAUAGAAGUUGCCUGUGCAUCAUGUUCAGAUCAUCUGAUGGCUGUCAGAAAGGCAUAUCAUUCCCUUUUCUUAUCAUCUAUUGAAGAAGACGUAGCUUUCAAGUUCUCUGAAACAAACCCUCUCAGACAGUUGUUGGUUCAACUAGUGAGCUCAUAUAGGUAUGAUGGCGAGCAUGUGGACGAGGAGAUAGCAAAAUCUGAGGCAGCUGAGCUCCAUGAUGCCAUUAGAAAAAGCCAACCCUGCCAUGCGGAAGUUAUUCGCAUACUAAGCACAAGGAACAAAGUUCAACUCAAAGAAACUUUCAAGCAUUAUGAGCAAAAUUUUGGAAAAGCCAUUGAUGAGGACAUCAGCAAUCAAGGCAGCAGCCAAUUGUUCUCAAUGCUUAAGGCUAUUGUUUGGUGCCUGACUUCCCCUGAGAGACACUUUGCGGAGGUGAUAAGAUCUUCAAUCUUAGGACUUGGAACAGAUGAGGCCUCUCUUACAAGAUCUAUAGUAAGUCGAGCUGAGAUCGAUAUGAAAAAGAUAAAAGAGGAGUAUAAGAAGAGAUACCGAGCCACUCUGAAUGAUGAUGUUAUCGGUGACACUUCUGGAUAUUACAAGAGUUUCUUGCUUGCACUGGUAGGCAGUGCGGACUCAUGAAGCAGACUGUAAAUGUUAAUUGCUAUAAUGUAUGCUAACGAAUAAGAGAUGUAUGUGGAGAGUUGCAUGAGAUCUAUGUCUUGACAAGUAUUUGGUGGAUACUGUUUAUGGGUAAGAUGGUUAAAAAAGUUACCUCUCGAGGUGCUGCAUCAUCAGCAGUAACGCAAGGCUACAAGUAUGGUACAUGUACAGCCACCUAAAAGCACAACAAUCUUGGACUUGGAUAUUGUAAGCCAGACGGAACCAUUUCUAGCAUUAAGCUCUAUCCAGGGUGUUAUUAUAAUUAUGUAGUUUUGAGUGUCAUUACAUUGCAUCUUAUAAUGUGUAAUCAAUGUUCUCUUUUUCUGUUUUUUCCCCCUA